AUGGGCGCUCACUCUGCUAUCUGGCAAGGCUACGUCGACUCCAGCCUCAUGGGCUCGGGUCAAUUCGACAAGGCCGGUAUUCUUGCCGCCGACUUCUCCGGCCUGGAGGCUGGUUCCCCCGGGUUCGAGCUUCAACAGCAACCAAAGACAAUCUUUCUAACCCACCACCUCCCACAGCUCUCCCAGGAAGACAUCAACACCCUGGCCGCGGCCUUCACCUCCUCCGACAACGCCUUCGCCAACGGCUUCUCCAUCGGUGGCGAGAAGUUCGUCACCAUCAAGGCCGACGAGCGCAGCCUAUACGGCAAGAAGGGCAAGACCGGCGCCAUCGUCGUCCGCGCUUCCGCCUGCACCAUGAUCGCCCACCACGGCGAGGGAUCCCAGACAACCAACGCCGCGACCGUCGUCGAGAACCUGGUCGACUACAUCAACAACCCGCAAUAA